CCCACGCGGCGGAGGGAGGCUGCAGGGCUCCGGAUGACGCCACCUCUCGCUCCGCCCCGGCUCAAACUCGCUCCUUGCGUUCAUUUCAUUCCUCUUCUCAUUCCGAGCAUUCUUCGCAUCUCUGUCAGUGAGCGAAGCGAUUCAUCUACAUCUUCCUUGCCGACCCAGAAACACAAGAAUAACUUGACAUUGUAUUGUGAAUUCCCAGUAACAGCACAUUUGCUAAAAAGGGGAUGUUUUAUAUGAGAUAUCAAUAACGAGCUCAGCUUGCAGUUGUUGGGGGAUUUCACCGGAGCCUUUUUGGACCACCUCGAAGAAAAACACCGGAGAGACUUGUUGCUUCACCACUCGGGACUUUGUUUCUUUACAUCGCCAUCGAAGUUUUGUAUGAAUUACAUGCAGCCUUUCCUUCUCCAGGACAAGUCUGAUCACUUUCUGUUACGUCCAUAAGAGAUUCCAACCACAGCCAUUGCACUAUACACGAUACCAUAUGUGGAUCUCUCCCUAGUCUGCUCCAGGCGUCCGCUUGGAGAUCCCAACAGCCAAAAUUGAUCCCAGUAGCUGGAGCGGCAGCGAGAGCCCUGCCGAGGACAUGGAGAGGAUGAGCGACACGGCAGACAAGCCCGUGGACAAUGAUGCAGAAGGGGUGUGGAGUCCUGACAUCGAACAGAGCUUCCAGGAGGCCUUGGCCAUCUACCCUCCCUGUGGACGUCGGAAGAUCAUCCUGUCAGAUGAGGGGAAGAUGUAUGGUCGCAAUGAGCUGAUUGCCAGGUACAUCAAGCUUCGGACUGGGAAGACGAGGACUCGCAAGCAGGUGUCUAGUCACAUACAGGUCUUAGCAAGAAAGAAAGUUCGAGAAAUCCAAGCUGCCAUUAAGGUACGUCUGGCUUUGCCCAGUUGCAGGGGGCUUUUCAUUGCCAUGGUUACAGGCUAUUCCUUUGUUUUCCUCCCCUCCCCUACCCCGCAGGUGUCUAGUCACAUUCAGGUUCUUGCCAGAAGGAAAUCUCGUGAGUUUCAUUCCAAGCUAAAGGUUACAAGUAUGGACCAAGCCGUGAAGGACAAAGCCCUCCAGAGCAUGGCCUCUAUGUCGUCAGCUCAGAUCGUCUCUGCCACGGCUAUUCACAACAAGUUGGGCCUGCCAGGCAUCCCUCAUCCAGCCUUCCCUGGAGCAGGGAUAUGGCAGGGGAUGAUAUCAACGAGUCAGCCGGGAUCCUCACACGACAUCAAACCUUUCACCCAGCAAGCUUAUCCAAUCCCGCCUGCAGUCACAACCGCUAUUUCAAGCUAUCAGCCCACAGACACUCCAGCUCCGACGGCACCGGCAUGGCAGGGUCGCUCCAUCGGUACAACCAAACUGCGACUGGUGGAGUUUUCUGCCUUCCUGGAGCAACAGAGAGACCCAGACUCAUACAACAAGCACCUCUUUGUGAAUAUUGGGCAGACAAAUCACUCAUACAGUGAUGCCCUGCUGGAAUCGGUGGACAUUCGUCAAAUUUGUGACAAAUUCCCAGAAAAGAAGGGCGGACUGAAGGAGCUGUAUGGGAAAGGCCCCCAAAAUUCCUUCUUCCUUAUAAAAUUCUGGGCGGACCUAAACUGCAACAUUCAGGAUGACAGUGGUUCAUUCUACGGCGUCACAAGUCAGUAUGAGAGCUCGGAGAACAUGACCAUCACAUGCUCCACUAAAGUGUGCUCCUUUGGCAAGCAGGUGGUUGAGAAAGUCGAGACUGAAUACGCACGAUUUGAGAAUGGACGCUUUGUUUAUAGAAUAAGCCGAUCUCCCAUGUGUGAAUACAUGAUCAACUUCAUCCAUAAGCUAAAACACCUGCCUGAGAAGUACAUGAUGAACAGCGUGCUGGAGAACUUCACUAUCUUAUUGGUGGUGACAAACAGGGACACUCAGGAGACGCUGCUUUGUAUGGCGUGUGUGUUUGAAGUGUCCAACAGCGAGCACGGCGCCCAGCAUCAUAUCUACAGACUGGUAAAAGAAUGAAUCAGUCUUCUCUCCUUCUCACAGACUCUCUGACCUCCAGACCAGUGGCUGUGCCUCUCGCUGAAAGUCACACCCGACAACGCUUUUUGUCGGUCAUUACCUGAAGUCUCUUUUUAUCACUGUGUUGUUUUGUGUUGUUUGACUGCAGCUGUGAGUUGUGCGAUAGUUUUGUUUUUUUCUGCUUCACUGCAGAAAUUCUCCUUUAGAGAGAUUAUAUACAGUAGAGUGGGUGUAACUGUGGCGUCUACGUACAAAAAUUUGGUUAAUGGACCUGUGUGUGUUGUGUUAUUUUUGCUAAGACGAAAAAUAUAAAAAUGGGCUGUUGGCCUUUUUGUGCUAGUUGCCUAAUGAGGUGUGUGUAAUAUGUUUGAGUGUGUUAAGAAUACAUGUUCCAUCCAUAGAGCUCCAAAGAAGCUGAAAUGACGCUAAAUAUUAUCCUAAAUGACUGUUUUUUUUGUUGUCUGUUUUCAAUCUGCAAGCAGUAAAUGAUUUCCUUGUCAAAGCACUCCAGCACCGUCACAGCAAUUUGAAUGCACUCUAAAAAGAGACACUACCAUCACUUUGCUGUCUAUCCUAAUGAAUUCAGGAAACAUUCCAACCUGCUUCAACAUUCCCAUUCCUGGAACACUACAAAAACCGACUUUCAUUUUGUCUAAAAGCACUUUGCCCCUUCCUUCUUUUCUGCUCUUGAACUUUUUGAUGAAUCACAACAUUUUGACAAAUCAUAUUUAGACAGCAGCCAUGUUUUUUUUUCCUCCUGAAUGAGUUGCAUUGCCAGCGUGAUCCAAUUCGGAGCGUUUACACUCGCACUGCAUUCCCAUUACCGUGGCCUAUGCUGCCCCCGAGCCUUAAACACGCUACAGCCACUAAAACUGUGAUCUCACUCUGUGGAAAGUCGGCUGAAAGAUUUCUGAUACGUUCUGCCAAAGUGUAAGAGUACUACAGUGCCUUAGCGUAGAUAGUCCAACUCUAACAAGUCUGACAAAACGCGCUGCCAUUGGUACACUCCUGAAAGCCCAUUUGAGAUUCACUCCAUUAAAACGCCUCAGAUCAUAUAAAACGUUUUUGCUCUACAAAAGUCAUAUAUUCCCUAAAUAUCAGCCUUUUUUCUAAGAAUUAACCUGUGGUAAAACACCAAAACACAAAAAAAGCAGCCGUUGUCUUUUUGUGCUGUGCAUGGUAGCAAAAAGUGCCUUUGGUUUCCAAUUCAAACUGACAGAGAAAUAAAAUGUUUCUAGACCAAAAAUGACAUGAUCCCAAGCACCACAUUGCCUUUUUUGCUAAAAGGAUUGUAACACUAACAAGGGUACAGGACAAGGGACUUCAAAGUGUGAGGCAGACCUUGCCUUCCCAGACUUCAGCAGGGAAAAAUAAAGAAAAAGAACUUUUUCGAACCAGCUAAGCGAACUUCAGUUAUGUCAACGGCAAGAUUUUAGUUCAAACAGUCUGGGCUGAGCAGAAAAACAAAACAAAAUAUAUAUUCUAGAAAAUACUUUUUUGCGGAGGGCUAGGAGAGACCCUAACUGUAUUAUAUUGUCUGAGGGGAGGCUUACUGUGCCACACUUUGAAAACUCCUAGCGUAGAAUAUGCUCAUCUUUUGGUUUCCACUUAUGAUGUUGUAAGAAUGAAGUACACUUGCUUAAAACACCGCAGCUCACUUGCAGGCUGAAGUGUUUUACAAAACACAGAAAAGAGAACAUUUGUUUUUAACUCGUUGCAGCAACGGGUGAGGCACGGACAGACCAGCUUGCAUCAUUUGUAUUCUAAACUGAAACUUCACUAUAUGAAUACAAUUAUUGGGACACCUGGCAUUCAUACCUACAGGAAGUAAAACCGGAAGAAAAUGGGGAGACUUUCUACAAGAUAUUGGAGUGUGUGGGGUGGAAUAUGUGUCCAUUGUUGGACCAGAGAGAGGGCCUUCUGGCUCAUCAUCUCUGUUCUUAUUCAUCCCAAAGGGGUAUGAUGGGAUUUAGGUCCGGGCUCUCAGGUUCAUGCCUUUAUGGACCUUGCUUUGUGCACUGGGAACAGAAAAGGAACUUCUCUAAUGAACUAAGGGGCCUCGUCCAAGCCGUGAUUUAUGAAUUUGGAGAUGUGUCCCAAUACAUUUGUACAAUUAGUUCAGGGGUGUCCAAGCUUUUUCCACCGGGGGCCACAUAUUGAAAAAUGCAAGGAUGCUAGAGCCACAUUGAUAUUUUGUACAGCAACAUGUGUGGUUAUACGAAGAAGUUACAGAGUCGAUUUCAAGAAAAAAUGCAUCUCAGCUUUGCGAUAUCAGUGAAAAAGUGGAUUAUUAGGAUCAACUUGGGUAUUUUCUUUUUUCCCCCAUUUUUGUUCUUUUUUAAAAUGUGCCAUAUUUCAAUUUUGUAAAUGUUCUUUUUGUGAUAUUCUGAUUUACUCCCAUAAUAUUUUGACUUUAUUCUCAUAAUAUUCUAAUUUUGUCUCCAACCUGGUUAUCCAAAAAUUACUUUUUUUUGUUUAUUUUUUUCUCAAAAUAUUACGGCUUUUAAGAAAUUAGUUUUUUUUAUAUUUUAACUUACAUUUUUACUAAAAUGGCAUUAUUUUUCCGCAUGAUAUUACAAGUUUAUUCUCAUAAGAUUGCAACUUUUUUUCUUCUUAGAAUGCAACUUCUAACUCUUCAUAUUUGGACUCUAUUCUCUUAAAAUUACAGCAGUUAUUUAUUAUUUCUGCUGUUGUUCUUCUUAAAAAUUUUCAUUUCGUAGUUCCGACUUCAUUCCCAUAAUAUUGUAACUUUUUCCCAAACCUAAUUUUCCAAAAAUUACGUUUGUAUUUUAUUUUGCCUCUCAUAAUAUUACGACAUUGAAAACCUCCAUCUUUUUCUUUAAUAUUUCAACUUGAUGCUACUAAACUGAGUAAGUGUUAUUUUUCCUCAUAAUAUCAGUUUAGGUUUAUUCUCGUAAAAUUCCGUUUUCUUGUUAGAUUACAACCUCAUAAUAUUUGUACUUUAUUUUUUGUAAAAUUACUGCUGAUUUUUCAGUCUUUUUUUCCAGUUUUCUUGUUAAAUUACAUCUUUAGAAUUUGCUCCAGAUCGAAAAUGGCCCCCGGCCUGCACUUUGGACACCCCUGAUGACAUUUCCAAAACCAAGCUAAAAGUAUGUUUAAGGUUGCUGUUUCAUGAAUAAUUCAACUGAAUUGUGGGCCAGCCCAUCGACGUUAGUCACGUGAAUGAUACAAAAUGCUCGUGGUUGGAUGCACAUAGCUGAAUCAGUGUUUUGCCACCACAGUCUUAAAGACACCGUGCUUUCUUCUUCUUAGGCUUUUCUUAUGUUUACCCCAUGUAUCUCGCCACAUUUAUUGAUGUACUUGUAUACAGUUGUACUUGUGUUGACAGCGUCUGUAUAUUGUGUUACUGCUGCUGGUACAUGUUGACGUGUAGUUUCAGCGCUACAUCAGAUGAGGACUUCAGCGGCAUGAAUGUCUGCACUAUUUUUUGUCAUACAAAAGUGACAUUGAAAAAAAAAACAAAAAAAAAAGACAAAGAGCUACACAUUGAAAUGCGUUGCAAGAGUAUCAGAAGUUUUGUUAUUUGUAAUUUUGUCAAGGAAUAAGGUACUGGUACCAUUCUGUUUUCACAAUAUUUUCCGGUGGUAACUUUCAAGUGAUUUUAAUUGACAUUGCUCAUGUUUUAUGUUUUGUGUGCAGACUUCUUGGAAGAAGGUGCUUUGUAUAAAAAAUGAUAUCUUAGCUUUUUCUUGGUACAGAUGUGUGAUAUCUUUCUCUUAUCUAUGACAGUAAAGUGUUGGAGCAAGCAAGAGAAAAGAGGCUCUGCUAUGUUUUGGGUUUUUUUUUUGUUUGUUUGUUUUUGCUUAAUUGUUAUUAUUAUGGUCUCGUUUUUGCUCCGUAUCAUUAUGAUGCCUUCUUGAUAAUACUAGAUAUUUUGUAGCUUUCUAGAUCAUUUGUAUGUAUGCAAUACUGCAGUUAAAUAAAUUGGAAAAGCAGUGGUUUUUA